CGCUUCGAUUCCGGGAAAGGGGAAGCUGCGCGGCCUGGGCGGGCGGGGCACCCCAGCUUCCUCUUUCUCUGGGGCCUCCAGGGCUGCCCCUCUGGGGCUCCUGUGUCUCCUUGAGCCAGAGCUGGGGCUUUGCUACUUGGCCUUUAACAGGGAAUUUCUCGUUCUAACUGGGUGUUUUUGUUGGAGGAUGGGGGCUGGGUGAGUCUGAGGAAGCUGUCCCCCCACCUCAGCGAGCCUGUCUGUGGGGGCCCCUACUGCAGACACUGGGCUGGGUGUGGAUUUUGUGGUGAAUAAAAUACAUGUCCUUGCCCUUGCUGCUGUUUGGUGGCGGAGCAAGCAAUAAACAAGUAAGCAAACAAAUGGUUAAUUACAGACCAGGACAAGAGAUGCAGAGGAAAAGAAAGGAGGAAAUCACACCACAUACUUUAGGCUCCUUACCUUCCUUCGACCUCAUGGCAGCCUGGCUGAGAUGAACACCCCCAUUUUGCAGAUGAGGAAGCCGAGACCCAGUGAGGUGAAGCAAGGGGCUCGGGUCCCACAGGGAGUUGGUGGCCCUAGGCAAGGAGACUGGGGAGGAGCAGCCUCUCCUCUGCUCACACCCCCUUGGCCUGGGACAGGACACUACUGGGAAAGUGUUCAGUCCCGUCCCACCCCACCGUGGGAGGGGAUGUUGGAGCUUUUGACUUUCAGCUGAGGGGUCCGUGGCCUCUCGUCUCCGACACCCCCUCCUCCUCCAGGAAGCCCUCAGGAGAUGCUUGUCUUUGGAAGGUCACUUCCUGGCCAUCAGAGCAAGGCAGAGAGGUGGGGAUGGGGCCUUCAUGGAACCCCCAGCCAGGCCGAGGGACCUCAGUCUGAACUUGCUUUUAGAUCAAGUUUCCAGAGCUAAGAGAUUAGAUGCUAGAGGCUCGGAGGGGAGGGAAGGGCAGAGGGGAGGUCAGAGCCACGGGCGUGCACACGUUUGGGCACAGGGUUUCUGGGCAGCAUGGCCAGGCAGGUCCAUCUGGGGCUCAGUCUGAGUGUGGGGAGGUGCAGGGAGCUGCCCCAAGCAGAGACUCUGGCAGCCAGGCUGGAGGAAGUGCCGGUUUGGGGUAAUUAGAAGGCAUGAGGGCAGCGAGCGUCUGUGGGGUUCCCGAGCAGGCCCCUGUUGGCGUCGUAUCUGGGUCUUUGGAUCCCCGUUUUCCUCCUGGAAGUCUCUGGGUGACAUGGCUCCUCUAUCUGGAGACUAGCAGCCGUGUUUCCCCUCCCUGUGACUCUGGUCACCGGGCAGGUGCAUCCAGCUCAGAGCGGGACCUCUCCUUUCUCGCUUGGCCUCUGGCUUUUCUCCUCCCCUCCCCUCACUCCCCCGGGCCCACUCUGGAACAUGGAGGAGUGCUGGGUCCUGGGUGGGGGUGCUGUGGGGACAGCCUGAGGACUUGGGACUCACAGCCACACCUGUGGGUUUGAUCCCUUGGAGAACAGGCAAGAGGGGCCCUGGGGAAACUGGCAUGAGGUGGGCGCGGGGCCCGGGCUGGGGAGGCGGCAGGAGUCCUCUCCAGAAGUGACAAGCUGGGGGGGUGCAGGGAGCUGGGGGGAGUGAUGAGUCAGGGGACACCGUUUGCCGGGUGUUGACAGCAGGUUGUGGCCUUCGCCAUACUCUGUGCCGGGCCUUCUCCUGUCCUUGGUUUUCCCCUGAACUGGCCUCAGGCCGAGAGCCGCUGCCAGUGACCUGGAGAGCCCCGGGGAUGGUAUGACCGCAUCCCUCCCCCUCGCCCUGUGUUGUAACUCAAACCCCUGGCCUGCCAGGUCCCUGCAGGGCCAGGCCGCCCGGACAGCAGGAUCGGGUUCCGCAGGCUCCUUUUCCAGUCGGGAAGCCCAGACUGCCACGGAGCGAGGGUUGCACGGGCUGCUCACCAGUCCCCGCAGGCCCCCCGUUUUCCCUUGGCUGAGUAUCAGACAGCUCUGUGUUCCAGGCAGGGUCCGUCCAGCCUGCGGGGGUCCUGGGCCAGCGGCGCCUGACAAACACGGGUUCCCCUCACCCGGAAUUUCAAGCCGUGCCUCUUGGAAAUACAUCACGGAACUUCCUCCCUUUGCCUCGGUCCCAUUUGCUGUCUUAUCUGAGCCCUUCUUCCUGCUUAUUCCCUUACCUGGAAUGUUUGGUUGGUCUAAAAAUAAGAAGUGCUUCAUCUAGGAAAAGAAAAAAGACAAGGCUGGAGUCUCUUCUCAGAAGGAGGCCGGUCUGAGCCUGGGGGUCCUUAGCCUCAGGCCGGUGGGCUGCAGAGUCACCCCUGAAACUUCCCUGAUUCCCCCCACCAACCAUCCUCUGUGCCUCACCCACAUUAUUUAUUUUUGCUUGGCUGGGGGGGCCACUCUUUAUCUGUUUGCUGUCCGUCUCCCCUGGGACGUGAGCUCCCCGAAGCCAGGAGCCUAGUCUGCCUUGGUGAGACCUGCUUCCCUGGUGCCCGGGCCUGAAAGCAGCCAUGGCCACCCCCAGCCCCAGCCCUGCUCAGCAUCGGGGCGGAGAUGCCAUCGAUGGGACCCAGCCUUCCGCGGGGGAGUCAGCUGGGUGCUGCCGACCGCCACGGGGCCUGAGGAUGAAGCUGAGCCCACUGCGCUGGCCCCUGUCCUGCCUCCUCUUGCUGCUGCGCUGGCCUCUGGCCACUCCAACAAUGGCGCCGUGGCAGUGCCCUCCUGGGGAGGAGCCCAGCCUGGACCCAGGCCAGGACACAUUGUGCAGGUCCUGCGCCCCAGGCACCUUCUCGGCCUCAUGGGGCCUCAGCCCGUGCCAGCCCCAUGCCCGCUGCAGCCCGCGAGGGAGGCUGGAGGCCCAGGCAGGCACAGCGACUCGAGAUGCGCUCUGUGGAGGGUGCCAGCCUGGGUGGUUUGCCCCUGAGGGGGCCCCUCAUGUUCCAUGUCAGCCGUGCUCCUGGGCACCUCUGGGAACCCGUGGCUGUGAGGUGUGGGGGCGGCGGGCCCGCCGUGGUGUGGAGGUGGCAGCUGGGACCGGUGGCAGUAGGGAGACACGGCAGCCUGGGAACAGCACCCGGGCGGGUGGCCCCGAGGAGACGGCUGCGCAGUACGCGGUGAUUGCCAUUGUGCCUGUCUUCUGCCUCAUGGGGCUGCUGGGCAUCCUGGUGUGCAACCUGCUGAAGCGGAAGGGCUACCACUGCACGGCCCACAAGGAGGUUGGGCCUGGCUCCGCGGGCGGAGGCGGCGGGAUCAACCUUGCCUGCCGGGCCGAGGAAGCCAACGAGGACACCAUCGGGGUCCUGGUGCGUCUGAUCACAGAGAAGAAAGAGAAUGCAGUGGCCCUGGAGGAACUGCUGAAGGAGCAUCACAGCAGACAGCUGGUGCAGACAAGCCACAGGCCAGUGCCCAGGCUGCCACCAGGCUGCCCCAACAUACAGCACAUCUGCCCACAUCGUCACCACCUCCACACCGUACAGGGCCUGGCCUCACUCUCUGGACCCUGCUGUUCCCGGUGCAGCCAAAAGAAGUGGCCUGAGGUGCUGCUGUCUCCUGAGACCGCAGCUGCCACCACUCCCACCCCUAGCUUCCUGCCAAACCCGGCCCGGGCACCCAAGGCUGGGGCCAAGGCUGGACGCCAGGGGGAGAUCACCAUCCUGUCUGUGGGCAGGUUCCGUGUAGCUCGCAUUCCCGAGCAGCGGGUAUCUGAGGUGAAGACCAUCACGGAGGCUGGGCCCUCAGGGGGUGAUUUCCCCAACUGCCCACAACCUGGCCUCCCCCCCGAGCAGCAGGCACUGCUGGGAAGUGGCGGAAGCCAAACUAAGUGGCUGAAGCCCCAAGCAGAGAACAAGGCUGAGGAGAACUGCUAUGUGGUCCGGCUAAGUGAGAGCAACAUGGUCAUCUGAGAGGCUGUCUAGUCUGAGGACACCGCAGCCCUGCCCUGGGAGGUGCUGAAGGCUUCCUAGAGGAGGCAGAGCUGCAGCUGGGCCUGUGAGGACCGAGGAGCAAUGGCCUGGCGGACAACACAGCAGAGGCCAAGGCCUGGAGGUGGGAUUGCCUGCCUGGCGAGGAGGCAGGCAGGCAGGCACUGUGGAUCGGAGCAGACUGUGAGCCCCACCCCUGGCCCCUGCUGCCCCAGUUCCUCCCUUGUAGGAGGCACUUGACCCCUGUCCCAGCCCAUGCCAAAUCCAAGCAGCCCACAGGAUUCUUUGUACCACAGGGAGCUGGGCUUUGGCAGGAAAGGAGCCUCUGCCCAGCACCCCUGGCCCUGCACCUUGGGCACUUAGCCAUCCCCUGCCUCUGACAGGAUCCUAGGACAAAUUUGCCUUUUCCUCCCCUUCCAGCAGGUCCUAUAAAGGGAAGGGAUAACAAAAAGCUGUGGGCUGGGAGGCUGAAUUCCUAGGUUCUAAUCUUGGGCAAAUCCCUGGCCAUUGGUGGGGUCCCAGUUUUUCUGACUGUAAAGCGGGGAGAGAAAGAUGUCUCAGUACCCAGGGCCUCAGCUACUUGCAGGUUCUUGGCUGGGUCCCUUGUGGGGGAAGAGCUUGACUUUCUGCCACCCUCUCCCAGUAGUUUUAUCUGGCCCCAUUUUUGCUGCUCCCAGCGCCUCCACUUUCAUGGCCGCCAUAUGGGGCUGCCCACAGAAGGGGCUUAAUGCAUGUGCCUGCCCCCCACCCCAGUUUUUAAUGAAAAUGAGAAAACAGACUUGACCUGGGCAGGCCCAGUCGCCCCCGUGUCCCCAAGAUCUCUGGAGCUUCAGGGAGAGGUAUGUGUGAUGGGGCUGGAGAGGUACCUCUGAUCUCAGUGGUUUUUGUGUCCCCGUGGUAUUGGGGGGCGUGCCCCCAGCCCCGGGCAGUGCGGGCAACUGCCCACCCCAGCGCCCAACUCCACAGUGUGCUCGGCAACCUGGUUAUUUAUGUGGGACUGUGCAGGCGCGGGCCCCACUGCCCCAUCCCCUUUUCUCUUAUUUAUUGAGACUUGGCUGUUGUCCUAUCCCCACAUCCCUGUUUAUUGAGUAAUAAAAGGUGGGAAAGUGGUGUCUGUUGUGAGGAGCUUGUUUCUCCUGUGCCUCCCCAGGUCAUCUGUCCACUCAAAUAGCUCUUGAGCCCUGCUCUGUGUUGGGUAUCGGGUGUUAGACAGACCUCAUGGCAGGUGGGGACUGGGCAGCGGGGGAGGCAGAGACUCCAGAGGAGACUCCUCCCCUUGUCUGGGUCUCCUUGAAACUGCUGUCCACAGAAAUACAAUGUGAAGUGUAACUUAAAUUUUUCUAACAGCCACCUUAAGAAAAGUAAAAAGAGCUUAAUUUUAAUAACAUUAAAUUUACUUUAUUUAACCUAACAUAUCCCACAUUAUCUUCAUUUCAACAUUGUCAAUAUAAAAUUAAUGAGGUAUUUUCCUUUUUUUUUUGUACUAAGCCUUUGAAAUCC